AUAUUCUUAUUUACAAUGAUGAGGGCCUACCAAAAGGCCUCCUGUGGGAGCUGGGAUUAAAAAUAUAGGACAAAACAAGAGAGAUCUAAGACAACAUAGCAUGGCAGCAACACCACAUAACAACAUACAAACGUUAUUUGGCACGGACAACAACAGCACAAAGGCAAGAAGGUAGAGCCAACACAUCACACGAAGCAGCCACAACUGUCAGUGUCCAUGAUUGAGUCAUUGAAUGAAGAGAUAAAACUGUCCAGUUGGAGUGUUUUUUGCAGCUCGUUCCAGUCCUUAGCAGGAGCGAACUGAAAAGAGGAGUGACCCAUGGAUGCGUGUGCUUUGGGGACCUUUAACAGAAUCUGACUGGUGUUGUAUAUGGAGGAUGAGGGCUGCAUGUCCUAGACUAGUCUGACGUUGACCAGCCAUGUCUGACGCCCUGAAGAAGCGCAAGUCGAAGGUUCUCCGCAGCGAGAUGGGCACACCAGAGGUGAAACGUGGCCGUGGAGAGGGGGACCAGGAUGUACGUGUGUAUAGUGAGGAGGUGGAGCUGCAUGGCAGGGACCCAGAGGAGGACUACCAGCAAUAUAAACUAACCUGUGAAGCUCUGGCCCAACUGAUGAACGAUAUCCAGGAGCUGAAAGCCAACGGCGCCAAGGAUGGGUGUGCUGAGGUAGAACAGAAGAGGAUGCAGAGCUGUAUCCACUUUAUGAGUCUGAAGAAACUCAACCGCCUGGCUCACAUGAGACUGAAGAGGGGGAGAGACCAGACGCAUGAGGGCAAGCAGAGAGUAGAUGUGUUGCACCUGCAGCUCCAGAACCUGCUCUAUGAGGUCAUGCACCUGCAGAAGGAGAUUAGCAAGUGUCUGGAGUUCAAGUCAAAGCAUGAGGAGAUAGAUCUUGUGAGUAUAGAUGAGUUCUACCAGGAGGCCCCCCCUGAGGUAUCCCGCACCCCCCUCACCAAGGAUGACACCCACCAACUCACGCUGGCCAGGCUGGACUGGGAACUGGAGCAAAGGAAGAGGCUGGCUGAGCAGUACAAGGAGUCUCUCUCCAGUAAGGAGAAGAUCCAGAAAGGCAUUGAGGUGAAGAAGGAACACCUGAGUUCUCUACAGCCUGGACUCAACGCUAUCAUGCAGGCAUCCCUCCCAGUCCAGGAGUAUCUCUCCAUGCCGUUUGAACAGACCCAGAGACAGACAGAGAUCGCCCGCCACCUUCCCACCUCUCUCUAUGUCCUACUGGUACAGGCCAGUGCUUACGGACAGGCCUGCGAUAAGAGCCUGAGUGUGUCCAUCAGUGGAGAUGUGGACGAGGCCAAAGCUCUGUCUAAACCUCCAGAGGACUCCCAGGAUGAUGAUUCUGGGGAUUCUGAUGCAGAGGAGGAACAGGAGAAAACGAAGAGGAGGAGACCUACUACAGGUGGACAGCUGGAUGAUAAGAGACGUGAAAUGCUGAAGAGACACCCUCUCUCCCUCUGCCUAGACCUCCGAUGCAAAGAUGGCAGUGUGCUGCAUCUGUUCUUCUACUACCUGAUGAACCUGAACAUCAUGACUGUCAAGGCCAAAGUCUCCACCGCCACAGAUCUCACUGGAGCCAUCAGCGCCGGGGAGCUGUUGAACUCUGGCACGCUGCUCAACUGCCUGUAUGCCAACGACCAGGGGUGCGAAACGCCCAACCCCUCUAAUCGCUACCAGUUUGAUAAAGUGGGGAUCAGUUCAUUUGGAGACUACGUGGCAGAACUGGGUCAUCCCUACCUGUGGGUGCAGAGUCUGGGAGGACUGAAGUUCCCCAGUGACGCCCCAGAGGGUUUGCAUGCAGGCAGUUCUCUGAGUGCCAGUCACAUGGAAAGCACCAUGAAGCUGCUGAGAGGACGAGUCCUGUCACGCCUGGCCCUGCACAAACAGUUCUCCUCACUAGAGCACAGUAUUGUUCCAGUGUCCAGUGACUGCAAGCACCUGUUCCCUGCUAAGGUUCUCUCUCGCCUGGCUCGCUGGACUACCAUCACACACCAGGAGUACACGAAUCUGGUGUUCACGCAGCAUGUGUCAGAAGCAGGUCUGGCUCGGGAAACUGACCUCUUCUUCAUGGCCAUAUUGGAGAGAGGAACAGCUCGUCUUCAGGCUGCGGUGGUGUUGAACCCCCGUUACCCAGUCAUUUCUCCUCUCUUUGCUGUCUCAAUCAGCUGGAAGGGGGAGCGCAGUGGACGUACUGACGACAACCUUCGAGCCAUGGAGAGUGAGGUGAACGUUUUCAAAUCAGAGCUCCAGGGGCCCCGCCCAGGCCACCAGCUGCUGACGAAUCAGGUAGCUCGUCUGGGUGUCUGUCUGGAUGUGUACCUGGAAACUGAUGGACAGGACGACAGUGUGGAGGGACCAAGGGAGUUCCCCAGAGAGAAGAUGUGUCUACGCACUGUCAGGGGUCCGAACCGUCUGAAGCCAUUCAAGUACAACCACCCCCAGGGCUUCUUUAGUCACCGCUGACCUCUCCUUUACCCCUUUCCCUUCACCCCUGACCCCCUCACCCUAGAUCUCUUACCCUACCUCGAGGCUUCUUCAGUCACCGCUGACUUCUCCUUUACCCCUUUCCCUUCACCCCUGACCCCCUCACCCCAGAUCUCUUACCCUACCUCGAGGCUUCUUCAGUCCCCGCUGACCUCUCCUUCACCCCUGACCCCUCACCCCAGAUCUCUUACCCUACUUCGAGGCUUCUUCAGUCCCCGCUGACCUCUCCUUCACCCCUGACCCCCUCACCCCAGAUCUCUUACCCUACUUCGAGGCUUCUUCAGUCCCCGCUGACCUCUCCUUCACCCCUGACCCCCUCACCCCAGAUCUCUUACCCUACUUCGAGGCUUCUUCAGUCCCCGCUGACCUCUCCUUCACCCCUGACCCCCUCACCCCAGAUCUCUUACCCUACCUCGAGGCUUCUUCAGUCACCAGUGACUCCUGAAUUUACCCUCUGUCAUGCCCCUGCCCUCAUAUCCCCAUAUCUUGUUUGUUUAACACACUGUUUGACACAUUAUGUGUGUCGGUUGGUUAAUAAAAAGCUAGUGAUCUUGUUUGGA